AGUUGAGUUGGCCCUCUGAAUUAAGAGGGAGCUCCCCGGGCGCCAGCUGUUCAGAUCCGCGGGAGCACCGCACCGUGAUCGACGCACACGGAAUAUCUAGGAUUGUGACUGUCGGGGACACUGCAUGUUUCUCCUGACUUCGACUCGGGACCUUCUUAGCACAAAAACUCUACCAUAAGCCUGGAUUUUGAACACCAUUCUCUUCACAGACCUGCUCAAAGGUCAGAGCAAGUCCCUCCCGAAAUGGUGGGCCACCUACACUUGCAGACAAUGGAUGAAAGUCUAAAAGGAAAGAACAGGGAAGGCUUGCUGGAUAGUCCUGACUCUGGACUACCUCCCAGUCCUAGCCCACCUUUUUACUCCCUGUGCCCUGGGAUUGUGGACACCCGAGCGGGGAGUGGCACCAGCACACCACUGGACCAGCAUGGCUAUGGCUGUAGGAGAGAUUUACGAGAGGGUAAACUGCUUCCAUAUUUGCUACUUAAUUCUACAGUUUCCGAGACAAAACCAAGAAUGCAUCCAGUAUUUUUUGGAGAAAGUAUUAAAGUGAAUCCAGAACCAGCUCAAGAAAUAAGAUGCAACUCUGAAGUGAAGUAUGAUUCAGAGAGACACUACCGAGACAACAUCUUCUACGCCCCCAUCCCUACUGUCACAUCCUACAGCGAAAGCAUCAUUGCGGCCCACAACUGCACAUGGAGAAAUUACAAGUCUGAGCUGCAGUUUCAGCCCCGUCAGAAGCCACUGAGGUUUCAGAGCACCACCAUUAUCUUUCCUAAGCAUACCAAAAAUGUAUAUCGGACAACCCUGAAUUACAACUCUUCCAGUGGACGUCGCUGGUACAUGUCAAGCGUGCAGAUGGAAUCGAGUGAGGACAGCAGCCCCUGCAUAAUCUACACAGAGGAUUUCUAAUUUGCUCCUGCUGGCCAGCACAGGCUUCAAAAACAGCUGCACAGGUCAACUGAUGUGGAAUGUAAAGGAUCUGAUCUUACAGUGGCCAGCUACUGGAACCAUCACUCGUGCAGCUUGCGUGACCUGGUCAUGUUAUGAAAGAAGAUGCAUUUGUAAACUGUUUUGUUUUUGGUUAUUACAAUAUAAUUAAUUAUUUAGCGAGGAUAAUCAUUGGAAGAAGUUCCUGGAACCCCCCCCCCCCCCCUUUAUUGGGCUGAUAAAGCCUGGUGGGACCCAGACCGCCAUUAUAGGGCGCCUAUGCAACUUAUUUUUCUCAGGCCCUCUUUUUACUAAUUUUUCAAUGUUGCUAGGAUCGGCGCCUGGACAAAGGGAUCUCAAAUACUGGAGCAUUCAAGUCAAGUUAGCAGCCACUUCCCAAAGCCAACCACCUGCUGGGCAGCACUUGCAGGAGAAGCGCUUGUCCGCAAACAGUAAGGAGUACAAAGACACAUGUACCAUGGGAUCUUAUAAUAUAUAUGGACAAGAGAUUCAUUUUAGAAUUUGGAAAGCUGCCAAAGAAUGAGAAUUUUGUUUGUACAUUGAGGUAACAAAUUUUGUCUCGUGUGGUAAUGUUUAUAUAUAAAUGCAUGUAUACAGUGCAGACACUGGCAUAAACACACAUUCAAAUGCUUUGAGAAAACACAUUCUGUACCAGUCACACCUUCUCAGUUUCAAAUGAUACAUGAUCUCCUGCUGAUGGAUUACGCUAUUUCACUAUGGUCACAACCAGUAAUUGCCUUCACAAGGUUAAUAUCAACCACAAAGAACUGUGUGUUCAUGCAGCUUGUGCACAUCUCACUUUGCCACAGUACAGUCUGUGCCCAUAUUUAAGUGUCCAAGCACUUGUCUGUCUGUGCUGAUUCUUUCCAGGUCCCCACCAGAUACAAAGCUUUCCUGCCCGUUUAAACCCAAUCCACUGAAAUACCAAAGGUGGACCAUGCAGCUGUCUUCAUCUCCAAUAGGGCUUGCUUCGUUUUACACCUUCCUAUUCAGUUUUUCGCCAUCCAUGGUGUGCGUUUAUUUCUUUUAUAAGUGCACAGUUCUAAGACCAAAGAAAACGUUAUGCAAUUUUUUAUUAUUCCGAAAUUGGAGGCUUUAUAAUGUAAAUUACUUCCAUGGGGUAAAUACCUUUUUUUUUCUUCAAAUAAAAUUAUUUUGAUCUUCACUAAGUAGCAAGAAUAUUGUGCACAGCAAAUUUAUGUUCUAUUUUCUGUAUUAUGACUUAGGAAAGAUCCAAAUGCGUUUUCAUUCCUUAACUAAUACAUUAGAACAAAAAACGUUAUUUAUGUAAAUACAGUACUGUACUUUCACUUUCCUAAAUAUUUAUUAAAAUUGAAAUAGUGGUGUGUCCUAAUAAUUGUUUAGAUUUAUCAUUGGCAUUUUUAAUAGGUUAGCUGGAUUCAGUUUCAGCUGUGCUUGACAAAUGAUAAUUCAGUUUGAGGAGGCAAACACGCUAAUUUUGAAAUAAAAAUUGUAAGGAUGCAACUUUGAAGGCAAGUGCCUGGCUAAAAGACAUUUCUGACUGUAGCAUAACCUCAGCUUUAACAAGUAGGUCCCUAGUUGUUUAAUGGCAUACCAUAACAUACCAUUUAAAUCUGAACGAAAACUGCAAUUUUAAACAGAAAAAAUAUGCAAUAUUUACAUUUGAAAUCAGCGUUACCCUUCUGCAUUUUAUAUACUGCAGCAGUAACCCUCUCCACUUGUUUAGCCAUUGUCAUGUUAAGGGUGCAAUAUGGCUGGCAGUUCAUUAAAAACAAAUAGGACAGCUUGAAACCAACAUAGGAAGAAAGCCUAGUGUUUUCCAUUGCUCUCUUCUACCAUCUCGUGGCCCAUCAUCAAUUUACUGGAACAGCUAAGCAAAAUCAUAAUGGUGACACUGCAGACCAUCCUGGCGGAGGAAACGUCUUUCUAGUUUGGAUUUGGUACUUUUGAGGUGAAUGCAGAAGGGUGAGACUUGAGUUAAGAUGAGUUAAGAAGGAGUAUUCUAUUGUAUGGUUCUUUAUACUGCAGAUGAGAUUAGAAGAUUUCUUUCACUUCCAGAAAUUAUAUAUUGUUUUGCUACAUGGAAAGGAAUGAAAAUCGUUACUUUUUAGUUUUAUUUAAAGUUUUUAUUGUCUUUUCACCCUCCAAAUAAUAAGCAACUGUUUCUUAAGAUAAAAAAAGAAAAGUUUAUUUUGUCAUGAAGCUACCAUAUGCCAGUAAAGGUUAAAAUAAAAUGAGAUUCACAUUGUAGCAGUCAAAUGAAAGCACACAUUUUCUUGAUAAUUGAGUUUAAAUACUAAAGAUCUAACUAUUUCACAACCCUUAAAAAUUACUGUGAAUGAAAUUAUUAUGAAAAUCAGAAAUUUGAUAAAAAAAAAACAAAAAAACAUUUGAAUACAAUUUUCGUUUGUUCUUUUAAUGCACAUUACUAUAGGACCACAAGAGUGUGUGACCAAACAUCUGCACGGUGUGAGGAAACAAGUGGUUGUCGUUUUCCAAAACAGGUAUGAACAACUGUAUGAUCAGUUGUGCUUUGGGACGGUUACGUCCAUUUUACUUGAUAAAAUAAUAAUUAGUCAAAAACUUAAGAAAUUAUAAAAAUCUACACUCAUAAAAAUCUACACUCAUGCUGAUUUUAAUAAAUAUAUCAUUCUAAAGAUGCCUAAGGAAUGUGCUUCCCAUUAUUCAAAAAAAAAAAAAAAAAUGGGUCGCACUAAGUGAUGACUAGGGUCUGUGUACUUUUUGGUAUUUGAAAUUUCAUUUAGAAGCAAAAAUGAAACUGAAAGGAAUUUUCAGAUUUUGGUUUUUGAUUAAAGAACAAAAUGAGGGAAAAUAAGGUAUGUUUUAAUUCUGUGGUAACAAAUAGCAGUCAUAAACUUAAAAUUACACAUACUUUUCUGGAUUUAUUUGUGAUUCAAAUAAUGAAAGAGUAAUAGCUCAAAAACAACAAAACAGACGCAUUUUCGUUGUCUGAAACUGGAGGUACUUCUUCUUCUGCGUGAUUUUUGACGACACGUGUGAACAGUCCUCCUCACAACACAUCGACCGAUGGCCUUGAAGUCACACUGCAUGGCAUCACCAGAGGAUGGACCAUUACGUUGUUUGUCGGAACAGUAAAAGAGUGACACUCCGGGACGAGGACAUGACUGCAGAAAAACUGAGUCCCCAUCUUUCAGGUAAAAAUACAAGCUUUGCUUCAUUGAUGUAGUAGUUCUUUUGUGAACGUUAAUGUUGUUACUUACUGUGAAACAGCUAACAUUUGGUGAUUUCAUUUACUAACACUACGUCUGGCAAUUUGUAUAGUGCUAGCAUUUUGAAUGUGUGUAAAUGUGUUAAUGGUUGCUCAGUGACAAAUGUAACACAUGUUAAGAAAACUUACUGUAAAUCACGUUGCUCUCCUAACAUGUGUUACACUUGUGCGCACUGUUAAUACUCAAAACGUUUACUAGCUAUUGUAUCCGGUAAAAGUCAAUAAGCAACCAUUCAAAAUGCUCGCACUAUACAAAUUGCCAGACUUAGUGUUAGUAAAUAAAAUCACCAAAUGUUAGCUGUUUCACAGUAAGUAACAACAUUAAUGUUCAUAAAAGAACUGCUACAUCAAUGAAGCAAAGUUUGCAAAGCUUGCAUUUUUACCUGAAAGAUGUGACUCUUCAAUCAAAAAUCAAAAUCUGAUAAUUCCUUUCAUUUUCCAUUUUGCUUCUAAAAUGAAAUUUUAAAUACUAAAAAGUACACAGACCCUAGGCAUAAAGAAAUUUCAAAUGGAUUUUUAGGUUUACAAACUUUACAACUAAUAUAUUAUAUAUAUAUAUACACACACACCUUAUAAAAACUGCUGUAACAAAACACAAACUGCAUGCAUAUAAUUUCUGAGGUACGUACAGUAUGUGUAAAUCUCACCAAUAUUAUAAACAUUUAACCAUCAAGUACAUUUUUAAAAUUGGCUGUGUUUCAUGCAGAACUUCCUACCCAGUUCCUGAAACUGUUUGAGUGAUGAAUUAUCACACUUUUAACCUUACACUUUUUCUUUCUUAGUGCGCAGAUACUGUUGACGACUUUUAGGUGUUGGAACCGUUGAUUUGGUUCAUAAGGAGUAACUUCAAGUGUAAGGUAUUUCUGCAAGCCUGGCUUUGUUUUACAAGCCUGGUACUCAGGCCUAGUGCAGGAAGCAGGAAAUGCAGUGCAACAUAAAUCUACAUUUUACAGCUUGUCACAACUGUUUAUAAAGCGAGCUGAGAGCAAAGGAAAAACUCAUAAAGAAGCAGCUGAACGCAACUAAUAAGGUUUACAGAUCUAGCUAAGGCCAGUUUGCCCGACUUUUGAGACUAAAUCUAAUCUUUAUAUUAGUGUUUAUUUUUGAUAUUUGCAGAAUAAUUCACCCUCAAAAAACUGGGAAUAAAGCGCCCCAUUGAAGCUCUGCUUAUUGAGGCCCUCCAUACCCCCACAACACCAGAGGAAGAAGGGCUGACCUUUGCAAAUUUGAAGAAGUUAUUAAUACUUUUUAUGAAACAAUUAAACAAAAUACCCAUACUUAUAAAACAUCUCUUCCUUCAAAAACAGUUUCAAAAUAACCCUUACUGCCAGUUCAGCUCAAUAGGCGAUACAGUAUCACCAUUCCAAGCAAGAGUCAGGAAUACGCUGAACUUUAAAAAUAAGCCUGCUCAACAGCAGUAUAGUCAGUUCACAAGAGGAAGCUUCGCCUCUUGGGCUCCUCGCUACAAUCCAGUGUUCCCACCACAGAUCUGCACUACAUUAACACUGUGCCCACCAGUAUAUUCCAACAAGCACAUGGAUCUGUCUGCUUUUAGAUUAAGCACAAUAAUCUGGGCUUCAAACAAAUUUGAUAUUUCCCAACUCUUACUACUCUUCUUGUAGCAAUAGCUGUGAAAGUAAACUAAAACCAGUAAAUAAGGCAGUACACAAAAGGGCCCAAUAGCCCCACUUUUAUCAGUGUGUAUAAUAUUGAAAAAAAAGCAAGGACUCUCUAUACUACACUUGUAGCGUAUUAUUCUUAAAAGGAAUUAUUUUCGUUUUCUGAUGCUGCAGGAGACUUCUAUCUCGUAAACAAACCCAUUUAUUUCAGAGCAGCUGUAUACUUAAAGGGAUCACAUGUGAUUCAGAAUGCAGUGUUUUCUUCCUUGUACUUACGUCAGUUUGUGGCCCGUCCUCCAAACAGAGCUGAGGCUUGGCACCCUCGUGUUAAUAUGCUGCUGUACUCUAGUGAGUUUUGCCUGCAGUAUUUUCAUUAUAACUACUAUAUGGCUAAUCAGUUUUUGUUUUUGUGUAUUCACUUGUUAACAGGUUUAAUUGUUUGAAAUCAUAUGACAGCCAUUUUUAACUACUCAGCAGUAAAUAAAACAUCAUUUUGUAAGUACAACUGGUAACUCCGUAAAAUAAUUAAGCGGCACUAUUUAAUAACAAACCUGGUAUAAUUAUGUUCAGUAGAUAUACCAUGAGGUGCCAGCCCUAGAGAGGGUAUAACAGCAGGGAGAGUGCUGCAUUUGAAAUGAGCUGGAUUCCUGCCCUCAAUGGAAAUAUGAAGGUAACUUUAUAAUUGUACACCUGGAGACCUACCAGGUUAACUGACUCGCUCAGGAUCAGGCGGAGAGUUAGUGGUGAGGACUGAACGUGUCCAAAACACUUGCCAAAAGGGCCGAGUCAUUUUUGCUUCAGUGGAGAGAUUCGUCUAAGUCAACUCACCAUGCUGUUUGCACCUCUGCAGUCCUUAAUGAAGCACACAACUAAAACAACAUAAUCAUCUGUGGAGAAUAUCUUAUUUACUGUAAACCUGCUAACACUGGGCCCUGCAAACACAAUAGUACUCAGUAGUGAAGCCCUGACCUCCAGUCUAUUUUCUAAUAUGAACACUGAUUGAUUCUAUAAUGGUAAAGGUUAAGUUGACUUGCUAACCCAUUCCCUCUCCUCAAGAGACCCAGACGAAGUUCCACGACAGUUCACUUUGCACAUUUUCACUUUUCCUGCGUGGUUUUGUUCAUGUCAUUUGGUUUUCAACCACCUCCCAUAGGUGUGUAUAUUACAUUUACUGAUCAACACACCACUGAAGGCCGUGCUUUAAAUGGGAUUACGAUGGGAUAUGUUCUUGCUCCAUAUUAACUGUGUAACAAAAAAGGCAGGAUAGCAAGAGGAAAAAAAAAAAAAAACCAGACUGAACUAAUUUUUGUAUAACAGGUCAGUUGCAUAUGGCACAUGCUUCUAGGAGCUGCUCUGAUUAUUACCAGGCUACAUAUAUACAAUGAACGGAUGUGUUUGUAGGAAAAUUAUUAGGAGGGUAAUCCAAUGUGUAUGGAAAGCUCAGGGACAGAAAGGAAGUAGUGGAAUGCUUUGCUGUGCCGAGAGACCCUUUAUCUGCUGAAAACAUGUCUAAAGCAGCCAGGUCCUGUGCAAGAAGCAGGGAACUUUGACUCCAAGAUGAAGAGUUACUAGUACACACUCUUCUACUUUAAGUAAGUGUGAAGACAAUAAACUAUUCAACCCAAAAUAAAGAUCACUGGUAGCUAGCAGAAGCAGAAGCUGAUUUGCUAUGGAAAAGCACAGGUCAGUAAUGUGACCAAGUCUUCCUUUAAUGGAAGAGCCAUCUAUGACUCGGGUCAGGGCACUGGUAAUUCUGUGUAGCUUAGCCUGUAAAGACAAAUAACUUGAGCACAUAGAAGUAUAUUCUACAAAUAUACAAUUUUAAAAAUCAUUGCAUUUUGUCAAUUUAUAAAAUCUUUCAUUCAUUAUUUUCAGUGCAAACAUAUAAUAAUCCAAUGCAGCACUUGCCAGUUUACAUUUCAUCAAAAUAUUAGGAGUGACAAACUACAACAGCCAUGGUGAUCUGUUACAUAUUAGUUUACAAGAAGGGGAAAACAAUCCCACCUUGGUCCUAACCUAAUGACCUAUACCUAUACGGUUAGACAUUUUCAUCACCACACACGGAGCCUGUAUUAUGACUAAAGAUGGCCUGCAAAACUGGACUAGUUGGCAAACCUUUCAGAAGCAGUUUCUACCUAUCUAAAUUGUUCCAUCUUCAGUUGGUAUCUUACAUGUUUGACAUGAAAGGGCUGAUGGGUGCUUACCAUUCUUCUACAUUUUUUACCCUCUUUUUUGUCUUUGCCUUUUUGCAAUCAGUGUCGAUCUUCUUAAGGACCACUCUGCAUCUUUCUUGAGGGUUUAUUUUUCAACCUCCUUUCAUUUGUCUGUUAUGUUCAGUCAUGUUUCAUUUGUGUCCUGCCACUCUGUUUGAUUAAUGAACUUAUUUCCAGGGAAAAGGACCUUGGAGUACAAAAUCUGUGCCUUUGGCUAACAACUGAAACUAAAUAAUUUGUCAUAGUUUUGAAAAUGAAUCACUGCUGAGGGAUCAUUCUCAAGUGUGUACUAUAGAUGCCACAAGUGAGCCAGCUAACAGAUUGUUGAUUGGUUA